AUAUAGGUCUUGAAUUGGGGAAAAAAAAAAAGAAAGAGAUCAAGAAUGGACGAAGAACUAGUAAGAGCUAUUAAGAUAAUAGUAUUUGGAGUAAUCUCAUGGGGUGUGGCCUUUGUUCUCACCCGGAGAAUCUUCUCAAGCUACUCCUUCAACUUCAGCAACCGUCUUCUCUCGACGGCUCACGCCACAAUCGCUGUCACAUUAGCAACACUCUCUGUUCAAGAUUGGUCUUGCCCUGUUUGUCCCCGAGCAUCUAAGCCAUCUCUCAAACAGAUGGACGUGAUGGCGUUUUCAUUGUCAUAUAUGAUCUACGAUCUCAUAUGUUGUCAGUUCGAUAAAGUGAUCAGCAUUGAUAACGCGGUUCAUCAUUUUGUUAGCAUUCUUGGUUUUAUAGCUGGACUUGCCUACCAAAAGUCUGGAUCUGAGAUCAUCGCUACACUGUGGAUAGCAGAGGUAUCGAGUCCUUUCUUCCACCUUAGGGAGAUUCUCAAAGAGAUUGGAUACAGAGACACCAGCCUCAAUCUAGGCGCCGAUGUAUGUUUUGCCACUAUAUUCACAUUGGCGAGAAUUGUGUGCGGACCAUUUCUCGUUUACGUCAGUCUGUCAGCUGAUAAUCCCAUCUUCAUCAAGGCAAUGGGAUCAGGAUUACAACUCGUGAGCAUAUUUUGGUUCUAUAAGAUUUUCGGGAUGAUGAGAUAUAAACUUUUUAAGAAGCCAAAGUCAAACAAAAAGUCUACUUAGUUAGAGAUAUACUAAAUCUGAUUUAAUUCAGUUAUUUUUGUUUUUUUCUUUCUUAAACAUUUAUAGUCAUUUAUCUAUAAAUGUUAUAAAAAUGUAUUCAAAAAUAAAAAAGAAAUAUAUAUGUGUCAAUAAGAUCCAAUUUGUAUGUGUA